CGCAGCCGCCUCGCGCCCGGUCCCGCGGUCGCAGCUCUGUCCGCAUCCUCCGCGCCGCCGCCGCCGCCGCCGCCACCUCAGCUGCUCGCUUCGUGGGUCGGUCCCUCCGGCACACGGGCUCCAGCCGCGCCGCAGCCGCCCUCCGAGCCCUUCAGGCCGCCCCGGUCUCCUCACCCGGCCCGACCUACAGCCCGCGAAGAUGGUGGACCGCGAGCAACUGGUGCAGAAAGCCCGGCUGGCCGAGCAGGCGGAGCGCUACGACGACAUGGCCGCGGCCAUGAAGAACGUGACAGAGCUAAAUGAGCCACUGUCCAAUGAAGAGAGAAACCUCCUGUCUGUGGCCUACAAGAAUGUCGUUGGGGCACGUCGUUCUUCCUGGAGGGUCAUUAGUAGCAUUGAGCAGAAGACAUCUGCAGAUGGCAAUGAGAAGAAGAUUGAGAUGGUCCGUGCUUACCGUGAAAAAAUCGAGAAGGAGCUGGAAGCCGUAUGUCAGGAUGUGCUGAGCCUGCUGGAUAACUACCUGAUCAAGAAUUGCAGUGAGACCCAGUACGAGAGUAAAGUGUUUUAUCUGAAGAUGAAAGGGGACUAUUACCGCUACCUGGCUGAAGUUGCCACUGGAGAGAAGCGGGCAACCGUCGUGGAGUCCUCUGAGAAGGCCUAUAGUGAAGCUCAUGAGAUUAGCAAGGAGCACAUGCAGCCUACUCACCCCAUUAGAUUAGGCCUGGCUCUUAACUACUCCGUUUUCUACUACGAGAUCCAGAAUGCCCCGGAGCAAGCCUGCCACUUGGCCAAGACCGCCUUCGAUGACGCCAUCGCUGAGCUCGACACUCUGAACGAGGACUCCUACAAGGACUCCACUCUCAUCAUGCAGCUCCUCCGUGACAACCUAACGCUCUGGACAAGCGAUCAGCAAGAUGACGACGGUGGCGAAGGCAACAAUUAAGGCCCCCAGGUGGACUGGCAGCGCCCGCUGAUGCUACUACUGCAGUCUUUAUUUUUUCCCAUGAGCUGGGGGUCGGGUGGGGGAGGGAAAGGGAGGGACGACCUUCCUAGGGAGAAGCCCACGACCUGUCCUGUCUUUGAUCGCCUCUUUUGACAUUUUUGCCAAAAUACCACUAGUGGAAAGUCAGGCUAGCUGUGCUGGUAUUGAAAUAGCAGCCUCACACUGGCGUAUGGACUGUUCUGUAGAUGAAUGCAGGUGGAGCGGUCUGUCUUUAACUUAUUGCUAGAGAAUAGGGUUUUAAGACGAAAAGAAAACUGAAACGAGAUGGCCCUCAUUCAGUAAGUUCUGUGGUUCCAGUAAGGAUUUGUGUGUACAGACGCUCUUGUCUUAUGUUUUGGGUACUUUCUAUCUCAUCUAUUUUAGCUGUGCAUUUUUUUUUCAGGGUGUACUCGACCAGCCAUGGACUAAUUGAAAUCCCAAACUGACAGACUUGGAACAUAAGGUGUGUUUAUCCUUAUGGUUUAGGCCUUGCCAGUUUCCUGAAGUCUUGGAUUAGCUGACAGUAUUAACACUAAAUUGCAGUUUACAGUAUUCUCCAUUACAGCCAUACGUAACAUCAAGCCAUUGAUUGUGUCUUUUUCUUUGCUAGUUAUUUUGGUUUUACAUCCUUAGUCAGCCUUAUCCAGGUUGGUUUUGCUGUUCGCUAUCUCCUGGGCCAAAAGGCUUGCCUGAGGAGAAUCAAAGCUACCCUAGGUUUUGGUUAAUAGGUGCUUGGCAGGUGGCUGUGGGAUUUUUGUCCUUCUUUCCUCUUAACUCUCAAAUCCACCACAAAAAUGAUUAAUCACUUUAAUAGAAACGUUAAACACCACAAAAAUAGAGAAAAUUCAGGUCUGUAUGUCAUUUAUUGUGUUGAUAUUUUCAGAGAACUCCUGGUUUUUAAGCUGCCACAGCUCCUUCCUCAGGGAUCACGCUGCCAUCACUCUUGACUUGAGUGUUCCCCACUGGACCUUCUGCUGGUGGCUCUUUAUAGGGUGGAGAUGCCAUUGAGCUAUAGAAGCUGGGCAGUCAUCUUGAGGAAGUUUGUGCAGUGUGUGGAAAUUCAGGUGCUAGAAGCUUACUGGUAGACAAAUCCAAAAGGAAGAGCUCUUCUAUUCAUAAGCAUUCUGUCCAGUUUCGGGAGCCUCAUAAGCAUGUCUGUUUUUCCUCCCUGAAAACACUCCUUCCCCAGGCAGUUGUUGUAGGAAGAUGAACUAAAAUCAUUAUCAGAUAAUAAAUCACUCCUAUUUGACCAAGAGUUUUUCUACACAUUUUUUUUCUUCUUUUAAUGAAAGCAUUGAAACGGGAGAAUCCUUUCUCUCUAGUGCAGUUGACGCAUGCUCUGGAAUCCAAGGAAACUACAUUGUUGUUUCCACAAAUUUGUUCUCAGUUAGCCUUAGGUCCUUCAUUCUUGUUUCGGAAAAAAUCUGUCUGAAAACAUGACCUGUUGAGUGUGUGUUCAGCCUUUUUUACAAGAUCAGAAACAGUGUAAACUCCCGAGAUCUGGGUUAAGACGCCAGAUUUGUUUUGUCUGUUCCUUUGGGUUAUUUAGUCAAGGAGGUAUGAGUAAUAAUUGAGGAAACACUGACAGUUGCUUUUGCUGUUUACCAAAAUUGAACUUACAGUUGGGAAAUGAAUACGUUUGACAGGAUCCAGGUGACAGUGAAGAAUAGAACGAUGAUGCCCUGUAGCAUGGCACAGUUUACCCAGCGUGACUUUCCUUAGAAGGUUCCCUCCAUACGCUAGAGCAAAAGUCCCAAUUAACUGAACCCUAGCAGAACUAGAAGAGAGCUGUACAGCUUUUGUGCCAUCACCGGGGCCUAAAGUAAAUGCCAUGGAUGGGAAAUGAUUUGGGUGGGGGUGGGGGGGGUUAGGUGGGGCUUUCCUUAACUUAUCUUCAUGUCCAGUGAGCAGUGUUGUGUCCUUUCUUGUAGCCUUUGGAAAUGAUUUACUGGAAUUACAAAACCUAUAUUUUCUUUUAAAUUUCAGCUUUGGCUCUGGCUGCUUUUUAGAAUAAUGCAAGAUAAAAUUAUACCUGAGGGCUAAAAAUGAGGGAAUGGGAAACUUGAUAUUUAAGCAGCUUGAAUGGUUUCUUUUCUUUUCUUUAUUUUUAAAGAAAUGCACUUGCCUCUGAUACUGUCUCUCCAGUGAAAUGAUUACUCCUCCAUUAUUCUAUUGAUACAAUAUUGUGCAUGCUAGUGUUGUAUUUCUAUACAGUAGCUUGAAAUUUAUUAACUUAUACUGUAGGUGUUAUGUAUUCCUAUGACAAAAAAUUAAGUCUUCAAAUUUUUUAAAGUUUUUUUAAUUUAAUUUUUCCUUUUGGGGGUACAGUUUGCUCUACCAAAUAGUGAUCGUAACAAAUUGAUCUGUUUUGGAUGUUGCUAUAGUGACAUGCAGUUAUAUAUUUUGUUUUUAAGGGGGGGGGGAAGCAAAAGAAACACCAGUGUUAGCUUAAUCUUAAUGUCUGGUGUUUGUCAUGGUGAAAUUAUAACUAUUACAGUGUAGGAGAACAACGACUAUGUUCUCUGAAUGAGCCUUUGUGCUUUUUUGUCAUGUUAUGCAGUGAACUAUUUUUAAGGUCUAAUCAGUGAUUAUUUUUCCAACUCCGUGUUUCUCUAAGGAAUUAUUUCACACACGGACCAUUCUUAGCAGUUUUCCUCAGUGAUGGAAUAUCAUGAAUGUGAGUCAUUAUGUAGCUGUCGUACAUUGAGCAAAUAAACUUACAGAUCUGAUGUCA